GUAUCGGGUACCCGCUUGCGACCUCUGCCGUUGACCUCGCAGGAUCUGAGCGAGUUCUACCUGCAUGUGGAGAGGCUUGUCUACCUGCCCACGGGAGUGGACGACUCCGGCCUGCAGAGCUACAUGCAUUUGAAUUGCACCCGGACCAGGAUAAAGCAUUUGUGGAGUGAACGCUUUGGCCCCAAGUCCUGCGUCUCCGGUUCAGCUGCCGGAGGUGCGGGCCCCAGCAACGAAGGUGGUGGAGGAGGAGGUGGUGGAGGAGUUGGAGGUGGAGGUGGAGGUGGAGCGGUAGGAGGUGGAGGAGGAGGAGAGGCGGUGGAGCGCGCUGCACUGGAGGGCGACGACGUCGACGACGGCGACGACGGCGACGACGACGUCGUAACCUCCGGGACCCUCGCGAUCCCUCGCAGCCAGCAAAUGAUUCUCGACAGCCUGGCCGAGUGGAGGGACGACUACGAGGCUACGACGCUUCACACCGUCACCGCCGCCCCCUCUCCGGCUGCCUCCUGCCCAGGGUCCGCGCGGAUCCACGGUCAGCGGAGUGAGAGGCACCGUCAGACGCAGCGGCACGAGGCACCGCUGACGAUCGGGAGACGAAGAGAGACGCGGGGAGGGAGAGAGACACAGGGAGGGAGUGGGACACACGGACAGAAUGGCAGCGCGGCAAGCGGACACCUCCAUGCUGACCGGGUGGGCGUGGAGGAGGAGGAUGAUGAUGGUGGUGACGGUGGUGGUGACGGUGACGGUGACGGCGGUGGAGCCGUUGGUAGCUCCUGCGGCGCUGGGGUGGAGCGCUGGCAGCAGCAGGAGCAGCAGCAGCAGCAGCGUCGGCAAGAGCCCCCCGACGUUAACCGGUCUCCAGCCAAGAGGCGGCGGUGUCGGCUGGACGAUGCGGCCGCCGGUCGUGGUGACGGUGACAUCGCCGCUGGUCGUGGUGACGGUGGCGGUGACGGUGGCGGCGGCGGUGAGACGCUGCGGGCCGGGAGCUCGGCUCCUCGGCCGACGGAGGACCGGCGAGGCGACGCCAAAUCGGCACAGUUGGACUGUGAGCGCGACCACCGCACCUGCUGCCCCUCGCCCGACCACCGCGGCAGUGAACUGCUGCGCAUUCGGUGAGUCCCACGGUGAC